GGUAUGACCGAUCGCACUCGAAGGCGAGAAGAUGUCGAUAGGGCAUACCGUCUGCAGGCACAGGCAGCGACGCUGGGAGCACUGCGAUACACUUGCCUAGGGUUGGGUGUUAUCACUUUGGCCCACUACUCUUGGCCUGUCUUCAGGAAACAGACCUUACCUUUCAAGGCCUUCCUAGUCUCAACAUUCACCAUAUACGGCCUGGUAGUAUGCGCCGAUACCGCAUUGCUCUCCCAUGAACAGGACCGGCGUAUGCAAGAGACAGCUCUACGAAGGGAGGCCAGACUCGACCUGGCGCGAAGAGGGCUUGUCCCAACCGAAACGGAGAUUGCCAAAUGGAAAGCUGAGAGGGAAGUGAGCAUGCACUCGAAGCGACCAGCAUGAUCAAUCCCGGUACGUCUAGUCGCUUUCGAGCGUGGAUGCGUUUCGUGAAUUACUGAUCAGUACGAGUCUAUAACUGCCGUACUCGAUAUGGACGGUGGGAUUCUCCUAUUAGCUACAAUACGUGAGGAUGUAUCAUUCAUUGCAUACAGUGGACACGAUACGACGAAAACUGUAAUAGCAAGUCCGUGAGAUAUUGAUCUGAACAAAGCAAGAUGAAGCCCAAGGACAAGAUAUGGCUACAGGUCCGUACUGUAGGAAUUGGCGACGGUCGAUAUGUAGUUGAGGCAUGGAUUAAUGAUCACUGCUGAGCAACACCCGUCCACUGUGGUGAAUAGUGAGUUUGAGGAGGACCGGCAGGUGUCGACCACUGUGAGUUCAUUCCAUUCAU